UUGCUCUUGCUCCACACAAAAUUAUUAUUACUACAAACACGCACAUUUUUCUACAUCCAAUCCAAGAGAAAAACGCAGGGAUAUAGGAGGAGACGAAGAAACCGGCGGCGGCGGUUGUGAGAAUGGAAGUCGGCCUGAAUCUGAAGGCGACCGAGCUCUGCCUCGGCCUGCCCGGCGCCACCGUGAAGAGCACGGGCAAGAGAGGCUUUUCCGAGACGAUCGAUCUCAAAUUGAACCUUCAGUCAAACGAAUCUGACGCUCUGGAUCUGAAGGAAAACAUGCAGAAUUCCUCCAAGGAGAAAGCUAUGCUCCCUCCCAAGGAUCACAUCAAGCCUCCUUCCAAGGCUCAGGUGGUGGGAUGGCCGCCGGUGAGGGCGUUCCGGAAGAACAUCAUGAGCCACCAGAAGAGCGAGGAGUCGGAGAAGGCGGCAUGCAGCGGCGGCGGCGCCUUCGUGAAGGUGUCGAUGGACGGCGCGCCCUACCUCCGUAAGGUGGAUUUGAGGAUGUAUAAAAGCUACCAAGAGCUCUCUGAUGCCUUAGCCAAAAUGUUCAGUUCCUUCACUUUGGGGAAUUAUGGAACCGAGGGAAUGAUAGACUUCAUGAAUGAGAGGAAAUUGAUGGAUCUGUUAAACAGUUCAGAAUAUGUGCCUAGUUAUGAGGAUAAGGAUGGUGAUUGGAUGCUUGUUGGUGAUGUUCCAUGGGAGAUGUUUGUUGAUUCAUGCAAGCGUCUCCGAAUUAUGAAAGGAUCCGAGGCUAUAGGAUUAGCACCAAGAGCCAUGGAGAAAUGCAAGAACAGAUGCUAAUGGAAUAUUUGUAAUAAACUACUGGUGCAACUUGGUUUGAUGGUUCCAAUUAUGUAUCAUUAUUUUUCGUUUCUUGUAAUUUUAUUAGCUUUUCGAUGAAUUAUUGUCUGUAUUUUAUAUUGUAGAAUAUAGAUAUGAAAUUUUAUGGACAUAUUUGUAUUAGACAAGAAGCAAACGCACUAUCGGUUGUCUGGUUUGUUAUAAUUAAAGUAUAUGGAUCAUUUUGGCUUGUUUAA